GCCACACUAUUGCCCACUCAUUCACUGCAGGCUGCAAAAAUUAUAGAACAAAUUAAAAACGCAAUAACAGAAUCACCGCAGCAAAUUCUACACAAUCACGGAGUCCAGUGCUCCGGAACCCAAACGAAAGCAAUUAACCGUGUUCAACGUAGAGAAUAGGUCGUGAAAGUGGGUGUAUCCGUCGGCGAAAAGUGAGAUACCCCUUUGUGUUUGUUUUUUGUUCGUUAUAAUUUUGUUUGUCGCUCGGAUUGGAUUGCGAUUUAAUGGUAAGGGAGGGGACUCGCUGCAGGGGUGCUCCCAAGUGAUUUUCCAUAACCAGCGCUGAGUGGACGGAAAUGGCAAUCGGCUUGGCGAAUAUGUCGCCAGCAGCGUCGUCGCUGGUUUUUUUCGCUCUGCUGCAGACAGUUACCUGUUACACCGUCAUCAUCACCGCUCCAGAGCAGGCCCUCAUCGGAUCCACCAUCAAUGUGUCCGCCCAGCUCUUUGAUGGCGACAGACCGGCUGCCGAGGGCAGGCCCUUCAGGUUCACCUGGUCCGACAGUGCUGGCCAUCGGAAGGCUAUUGAAACGAACAGCGCUACCAGCAAUUGGUCUGUGGUGUACACGCAGGAGCAGCCGGCCACGCAUGUCAUCAAGGUAGAAGUGGAGAAGUUCGUCACCUUUUUCUGGGUGACAGAGGCCAAGGCCUCGAUUGGAAUCAAGCUGGACAGCUUGCUGGGCGGCCGGUUGGAGCUGAUUCAGAACAAUGUGAUACGACCCCAUGAGUUUGUGUCCACCCAGGAGGCGGUGAAUCACAGCGUAUCGCUUUCCGAUGCGGACCUACUUUUUCUGCGGUCGAAGGGCUAUCGCAUUCUGACCUAUUGGUUUCAGAACUGCACAUAUCUCGGCAUGUCUAGUUCGUUGGACUAUCUGGCCACAUAUCCGAAAGCUGAGCAAUACUAUGAUAUGGAGGUAUUAGUGGUGGCUUCACUAGAAAUUCCGCCGGAGCCGACCCCCUCAACUACAACCACCACAACAACUACUACUACAACCACCACUACGACGACGACGACGACAACAACCACAUCUACAACUCCAGCAACUACAACAACGCGUGCCACAACAACCACUCCGAAAACAACAACGUCGUCCACAACUACAAAAGCCACAACUCCGAAGCCGCCGGCACGAUCCAAACGCGAUUUAGCCCAGAUCAUGCAUGCCAACGCUGCUCUUCUCGGCUUAAACUUAACCAGUGCGCUAAAGCAGCAGAAGGCUUCCGAUGAGACUGCUGGGAAUGUGCCCGUGGCUCUGGUCAAUCCGCUUGGAGUGCGAAGGCUGUCCAAGCUCACUUUCGUGCCCGGCCUUCAACCGCCAUUCGAUUGCGUAACCAAAAAAUUCGUGGCCCAGGAUCCCAAGCAGAUAUACGGCUACUUCCAGCAACGCGUUGUGUCUAAGGAUCCCAUAAGCGGUUUUGGCACCACGGGCAAGAAUUGGCUUCAACACUGGGAGGUGCUUCAGCUCAAUGUCAACUGCAAGGGAUCACCGCCGUUUGAGCUUUGCACUCAAGUCUUCACUGCUCCUUACAACUCCACGGGCAAUGAGACCUGCGACCAGUAUGAACCAAUAGAAAACUGCUCAUAUGAAUACAUGCGUUACUUCAGUGAAAGCAAGACUAUUCUGUUCUUCAUACGCAAUGGAGUCUCCCAGACACUCAAUCAGGUCACCAUAAACAUGUAUGAAGCUCAGCGUCAAUCUCAGCUUUCAGUCGUGGUUGUGCCCGUUAGCUGCACUUUGGUAGCGGUAAUUCUGGUUGUUUUCGGCGUGGCCUAUUAUAUUCAACGGGGAAAUCGCUUCAAUGUUGAAGUGGCCGAUUUCAACUUCGGCGACACGCAGUCGGUGGACAUGGAGUACAAGACAUUCCCGCAGCGCCUAAUCGACAGCAUCCGCGAUGCCUGCACGUGGCCGGGGCAACGGCGUCACUCGCAGUCCAGCGUAGAUCUCAUGGCGGACCAGGAGCAGCCGCCGAGUCCGAGCUUUGCAGGCAAUGUGGGCGAUGUAGAUAGCAACUUGCGCUACAACACUUUCAACUAGGGAUUCGGUUAGAAAGCAGUUACCUAUGCAAAAUAUUCAUAUAAUUUAAUUUCGGCGCCUAAGUUCUGAAGACCCACUACCAUGUCUCGUCAAAUUUGGUCAAAACAAUUGCAAUUGUAUAGUCUUGAACCUAAAUUUCGGUUUGAGGUCCAUGGCAGUUUUCACUAAACUUGAUCGGACUGGCAGGCGGGAUCAGGUGUGAUAGUUAUUAUUUGUUAUUAUUUCUAUGUGCACUCUAUGUGCUUAGUCAUUUUCUUGUUGUACACCAGCACCUUGGGAACGCCCUGCUCCCAACAUGUACAUGUACAGGGAUGAUAGAAUCUUUUUUACGUUUCCAAAUACUUUAUAUUCCCUUAUGUUACCAUUGCAAUCAUCUUCUUUAAACAUUACGCACACACUUGCUCAUCAAUGGCCAAAAUGUGGAGUAACAAGCAUCUAUUGCGCCGCAAUAUCGGUGGUGCAGCCAAGUUGGGGGACUCAAUUGCAGAUCCCUUUGGAUAUUGAUUAAGACUGUCUUUGUUCUAAAAGCAAAAAUAAAUUUGGUUAAAUUAAAACAUAGCUUAUGCGUGGCGACUUGUUCGUUAAGCGUUAGAUGCUAGCAUAAGUCAACUUCAUUGUAUUCCUUGUAUCGUGAUCGAAUUCUUUGACAAAGACAAGCCCAUCCCACACUUAACACGCGCGACACAAAUAUUCAUUGUGAUAGAAAUAGAACAAACAGUAUGUACGUUUACUAAAACGAAAAGUUUAAAGAAAACCAUUAUACUUAUAAAGCUAAAA